AAAUUUUCGAAACAACGCGAUGCAAACUCUUGGCGAACACGAACACCAGCCGAAGACGACGACGGUGUCGAUUCCGUUCGCUUUCGGUUUUGUUCUCUUGGCCGCACUAUUCUAUUGCGUCUUUGGUUUUCUGCGACGUCCGCUGCGGCGUUGGCGUCGACAGAUGCAGAGGAUGAGCAGAAGCAAUAAUUCGGGACGCCGCAAACAUAUGCAUGUGCACGUUUACAGGCGUGCACGCACUCACACACGUCAUGUGCAGAGGAUCGGGAUAGAGUUCGAGCAGUUACCGAAACUAAUUUUGCGACUCUUUACACAGAAAUCCGUGAUGAACCACCUACGGGUGCACAAAUUCAAGAUCGGCGGCAAGGACAGCAGCGCCGUUUCUGCACCGGUUGCGGUUGCAGCCGAUCCCUCGGACAACAAUAACGGCAAUCACACGAACAACAACAACAACCAGAAUGGAAACGGUGGCGGCGGUGCCAAAGGAUUCCUCACACGCAUCAAACGGUACUCGGUGCUUGGCAACAAACUAAGUCGCCGCCACCUGGGGAGCCUCAACCUACAGUCGUCUUCGGCCGGAGCGGAGAGGGGCGCCGAUGGAGAGCGGCUUGGCUCUGGGCAGUCGCCCGGCAAGACUAUAUCCGGCAGCUACAACAUGACCGGCAGCCACUCGGAGGACCAUCGCCUGGAGAUCGGUGCCCCGGUGCUGAUAUCGACCACCACAUUGGAUACGGACCGCUUUGAUGUGACUGAGGCCCGACUCAAGCAGAUCGGCGGCGGCAUUGCCCAGACCUCCACCAUUGUGCGCACCCUGACGCCACGCAGCUCCGACGAGGAGGAGUUUUUGGAUGCCCGCUGCACUCAGCUGGAUCGGGAUGAGCGGGAUGAGGCGGAGGAGUUUCAGACGCCCAUUCAUCAGCCACAGGAAGAACACGAGGAGCCACAGCCACAGAAGGAAGAGCCAGCGCCACAAAAGGAAGUAGAGUCACAGCCACAGCGAAACUCUCAGGAGGAUUUGCAAGAAGAUCUACUUGUGGAGGAGGAAGAGAAGAUGGUGAUGCCACCGAUGCGGCGGGCCAACAUCGCUCGCCAGCAGCAGGCCAUGUCCGUGCAGAAUCUGCACAGAACCGAACUGAAGGUCUACCUGCACAAGUCGCCCUCGAUGACGCUCGACAUGAACGUGACGGCUCCGGGGCAUCUGGGCCCGGGCCUCAACAUGCCAGAGCUGCCGGAGCUGUAUGGCGACAGCAAGCUGAGCCUGGCGGCCAGCGACAUGGACAACAACAAAGAGAAUACACCAGUGGAUGGCAUGCCCAUCGCCAAUGUAGGAGGAGGAUUCCUGUCACAGCAGUCGCGCUUCAAGAGCAUCGAAUCGUUCCAGCUGCACAGCCGCUCGAAGCGCAGCUCCUCUCAGCCGAGCUCCAAGCAGAGCUCCAAGAUGAGCCUCGACUGCUCCGUACACAGCUUCGACUUCGACUUCAAGUCGGUCAGCUAUCAGAGCCUGAAUGCCCAGAACCUGAUGGUGUCCAUUGACGAGCUGCAGGAAAUCACGCGCCAGAUCAACGAGACGGAGGACUUCACCAAGGAGGUGGAUCUGGAGUACUGCGAGCACCGGGAUCAGCUGCGUCCCAGCGAGCGUCGCAUCACGCUGCUGAAGAACAAGAACCAGACGCUCAUUCACUUCAACCAGCAGAAGGAGAAGCUGCGCAAGGGCUGGCACGGCAUGAAGCACUGGUUCGGGGAGGAGGGCACUCGCCUCAAGGAGGCCGUUCGCCAGCAGACGCCCCUCAAGCGUCUAGCCCGCUCACGCAGUAAUCUGAAUCAAUCGACCACGGACGCGAGUCGUCUGUCCAUAUCGCCGGAACGCAAUACGCGCGACAUCACCGAGAGCUGUGAGGAUAUCACCAAUCGCACGGAACUGGAUUCCUCCAUGUCCCAGAGGGCACUCAGCGAUGAGGAUUUGUCACCAAAUGCCAAACGCUUCAAGGAUGAGGGCCAGAAUGGAUUCGAGGAACUGCGGCGCUACAUCAAGCAGGGCGGAGAUUUCAGCAAGGAGCUCAUAUUCGUCCUGCAGGAGCGUGCCGAUUCCGAAUUGAUUUACUCGAAAUCGCUCUCGAAACUGGCCAAUAAGCUGAACAAGGCUGGCCGAGAGAUACCUGGGAGUGUGGCGGAUGCCUGGCGCGGCGUGGCCACCGAAAUGGAGAGCCGCAGCGAUAUCCACCGCCAGCUGGCGGCCUCCCUCACCGAUGAGCUGGUCAAGCCGCUCAAGGUGGUCGUCGAGAGUCACCACAAGGCGCGCAAAGCGGUCGAAAGUACUGUGGAUAAGGCCGCUCGGGUACUCAGCGAAUGGCGCAUAACGGAGGCCAAGGCCAAGAAGGCUUCGCAUACUGCGGCGCGUGAGAACGAGAAGCUGCAGGACGCCAUGCUGGAUGUGCGUAUCCAGAAGUCGCCAUCCAUUGCCAUGCUCCACCAGGGCCCCAACAAGAUCUCGGCCGAAAAGGAGCUAAAGAACGCUGAGAAGGACUGCGUAAAGCUGGACAACAAGCGCAAGAAGGCAGAGGAGGCUGUAAAGCGAGCCGAUGUCGAGUACUACACGAUGUGUGUGCGUGCCGAACGGGCACGCGUCGACUGGGAGAUGGCCGUGCUCCGGGGCAGCUCCCAGCUGCAGACCAACGAGCAGCAGCGUCUCGCGAAUAUGCACAACUUUGCCCAGCAAUACGGGCGCCUCAUCUCCGAUAUAAAUCCCAUUCUCGGUGGCCUCACCUGCCGCCUGCAGCCGCAGCUGGAUGCGUGCAAUGUCGACAAGGAUAUGCUGGUGGUAAGCAACAUCCGCCACCAUUCGGAGGGUCCCAGCGAGCAGCUACUGCCUGACUUUUACUGCGAACACACCACACUGGCCAUGAAUCGAGAACGGCGAAAGCAUGCGCUCAUCAAACUCCUACAGCUGGUGAAAACCGAUCUGGAACGCGAACGAAAGUCACGCGACGGCCUCCGUGGCCUCUCCCAGUCGUUAAAUAACCAGGAGAACCAAAACAUCACCGACAAGUUGUAUCACAUUCGAUCCAUGCUCACGUAUCUGGAGGGAUCACGCAUCAAACUGCAGUCGGCCCUCCUGGAGCUGGACCACAAGCCCCGCACCACACAUCCCCUAGCACAGCACAUUCAGAUCACGCGGGAUCGCACUGGCCUCCAGCAGAGCAUUCUCAAGGUCCCCAAUUGGCUGAAGAACAACGACAAGACGCAGCAGUCCACAGGACUGGAUGUGAGUGGAGGCCACCAGGAGGAUGAACCGGAGGAGGAGGAUGCCAGCUCCGCAAUGAUGGGCAAUGCCCUCAGCAACAGCUCCUGUGCGGACAUUAGUGUGACGGCGACGGGGCCAGCGCUGAAGCACUUCAAUCGGAGCAAGAGCAACAUUGAGACCUUCACCACCAGCCAACCAAAGAUAAUCUCCACGACGAACGCCUCGCUGGCCGCUGUGGCACUGGCGGCGGCGUCUGUCAAAUGCAAGACCAUACCAGCGAACCAUCAGCACAGCCAUCAUCACAACCAUAACCAGGGCAGUGAUCGCGGCCAAGCAGACGGCGGCUCCAAUCAGCAGGACUCGGACUUUGAUGAAUUCAGUUCACAAGACGAGGAUGAGGAGGACACUGGGCCCGUCAAGGGGCAGCAGGUACCACAAAGCCAGUUGCAGUCGCAAAACCAGAUGCCGACGCAGCAUUUCUACCAGAAUGCGCAGGAUUUGCAGAAGGGCGGCGGUCAUGGCCAUGGUCAGGGUCAGGGCCAAGUGCUUGGACGAUGCAAGGCGCUCUACAGCUACACACCAAAGCUUUACGAUGAACUGGAACUGAGUCCCGGCGACAUCAUCGAAGUUCAUGCCAAGCAGGAUGACGGCUGGUGGCUGGGGGCCCUGCGCAAUCACAUUGGCAUCUUCCCUGCCACUUAUGUGGAGGAGUGCUAGGAGGAGACCCCAACCCCCCUGAAGGAUCACUAGAUAUAUAGUACGUUUGUGUGUGCAGUAGAGUGCUGUGUGUGUGAAUGCGUUUCGAAUAUAAGACCGAGGCGAGGCUCCUCCGCGUUUGACUAAGAAAAUGCUGCUGCGAGGAUUUGCCUAUUAUGCGUUAAUUUAUCAUUUGGAAAUAUAUAUAGUAUUAUUAAUGAAUGCAA